CCUCUGGUGUGAGGGAGAGAAGCGUCCAUCUCGUUCGCCGUGGUGAAGGCGUGGAGAGGACUCGCUCGUAACAGCUGUGCUCUUCUGGCUGAAUUACAAGGCGGCGUACGACAACUGGAACGAGCAGCGUCUGGCACUCAACAAGGACAUCCACAUGGCCACUAAAGAGGUGGUGGACAAGCUGCCGGGCAUUCAGCAGACCUCCGCCCAGGCCUUCAGCACCCUCUUCCUGCAGCUGACCGUCAACGACCUGGGCAUCUGCCUCCCCAUCACCAACACCUCCCAGAGAGGACAAGUAGCAGCUACGGAGGGCAUCCACUCUGAAGCUGGGGCCAGCUCAUCAGUAGGCGGCCAUAAAAAUGCACGAAAAGCCAACCACAGCAUAGACUUUGACACGGGCUCAGCCAUGGUGCUGACCAUCGAGAGCACGCUGAUCACCGCCUGCUCGUCAGAGUCCCUGGUGAGCAAAGGCCACUUCAAGAACUUCUGCAUCCGCUUCGCCGAGGGCUUCGAGACCUCCUGGGACGACUGGAAGCCUGAAAUCAGAGGGGACAUGGUCAUGAAUGCUUGUGUAGUCCCUGAUGGUACUUAUGAAGUUUGUUCCAGGACUACAGGGCAACCUUCUGCAGAGAGCAGUAGUGCCGGCACCUGGACUCUGAAUGUGCUUUGGAAGAUGUGCGGUAUCGACGUCCACAUGGAUCCCAACAUCGGCAAGCGGCUCAACGCGCUGGGUAACACUUUGACGUCUCUGACGGGCGAGGAGGACGUCGACGACAUUGCCGACCUGAACUCCGUCAACAUGGCGGACCUUUCGGACGAGGAUGAAGCCGACUCCAUGUCACCCACCGUCCACAUGAGUCCAGGGAGCCAGUUCAGCCCUCGGCUCACCUUAAGGAAGCGUCUGGUAAACCACAUCCUGGGCCUCAGCCCCAGGCCUCACAGUGUGUCUCUCGCCGCUGACGACUCAAACUGUUCAUCGCCUCGCCUCCGAGCAGGCAGUGCCAGGGCCCAAAGACCCGUCUCCUGGGCCUGUGAGACCAUUGACCCCAGAAGGCAGAUGGCCAUGGGGAACCAGGUGAUCGACGCCCGCGGGAGAAAGUUCACCAAGAGGGUUGUGGACAUCAGAGAGUUGAACGAACAGGCCAAGGUCAUCGACGACCUCAAGAAAUUGGGGGCCAGCGAAGGCACCAUCGACCAGGAGAUCCAGCGCUACCAGCAGCUAGAGUUGGUGGCCGUCAACGACAUCCGGAGAGAUGUCCGAAAGAAACUGCGCCGCUCCAGCAUGAGGGCGGCCUCUCUGAAGGAUAAGUGGGGUCUUGGCUACAAACCAAGCUACAACCGCUCCAAAAGCAUCUCUGCAGCAGCGGGUCGCCCCCCUCUGAAAAGGAUGGAAAGACAGAGUUCCAGAAUAGGAGAUCUGGAUGAUCUACCAGAUAUGCGCGUGGAUGCCUCCUCUCCUGGACCCCGGGUCACCUUCAACAUCCAGGACACGAUAAAUAAUCAGGCCUUCGAAGCUGCAAACUCACCCAUCAGUCCUGGAGAGAUAUUCAAGUUUCCUGAGGAGACAGAGGUGGACCUGUUGUCGGUCACCGUCGACGAGCCAUCCCACCCUCAUCAUCACCUCCAUCCUCUCCAUUCUCCAUCCGUUAUGGAGGGCAAUCACUCAGUUUUCAGUGCCCCUGGCACCCCCGCUGUCUUCUCACCAGUACUUCUAUUCCAGCACGACGACAUGAGGCGCGACGACCUGUCCUCAUCCUCCUCCGAAGACUCAGAGAAGGAGGACGAGUUUGAGCGUGAAAAACCACAGAGCUUCCGCAGGCCUUUCCAAGCUUCUCACAGGAAGGCCUCGGGUUUCUCUGCUGUGAGUCAGCUGUUCAGCGAGCGCUGGCCGAGCACCGCCGCCAACCGCAGCUUCAGCGGCCCGACAACCGAGAGAAACAUUGACUUUGAGCUGGAUAUCCGCGUGGAGAUCGAAAGUGGGAAGUGUGUCCUUCACCCCACCACUCAGCAGCCAGAGCACGAGGACAUUGCCCUCAGGAGGAGCUGUGAUCACAGCCUCAGGAGUCUGGACCAGGAGUCUCCCCCUAAGAAGAAGAAGCUGCAGCCCACCUACACCUCCACCACCCACCUGCUAGCCGGGAAAAAGUGUCCCUCCACCCUGCAGACCAAAUCCAACGACAUGGAGACCACAGUCUUCUACAUUCCAGGAGUAGACGUUAAGGUCAGCUUCUCCCUUCACCUCAAAGUGUUCCACAAGUUUCUACUAUUUUAA